AUGGAUCCCCAAGAGCUACCUUCCGCCGCGGACGAUAUCCGAAAGGAGAUGUUUGCAUUGAUACCAGAUGUCAAGAUAUAUGAAGAGGAUGAAAAAGGAAACAAAAAAUACGGCGGAGAUGAGAUCGCGGGUUUGGUUUCUCGUAUGAAAGCUGCACUCAACCUGGAUGAAACUUGGGAAGGGCGCUUGAGAUACUGGUCAACUUCUACGAAAUUGGUCAAUACUGGAAAAAAAGGAUAUCUUAUAGCAAUAUCGGACGAAAUGCAGGUGUACCCGGGGGGUUUGUUGAAGGGCGGAUCAUACAUAAAAGUCCAGAAUGAGCCUGUUUUGGGGGCGGGUGCAACUACUCUAUUCUUUGUACCUCGUUAA